CUUUCAGAACUGUUUCAUAUUAACGUUUGAUUAUGAUUUUGGAUAUGAACAUGUUCUUCACUGAUUGUUGCUUAACAAUUAACACAGCAAAUUCUUUUCGUUAUUCGGAACAAACUAACAACAUACUCCACCACUAUACCUCGACUUUUUCGACCGGUAAUUAUUACAGUAACACUCUUAAAAAAGAAGAUUUUGAUGAUUUAGCUGAUUCUACGGCCCCCGCGGCCGCUCCCACGACAAGUGGAGUUGUCGGUAUGGAAGCUGAUGAUAUCACCGAACUCGCCCCAGCUCCCGCGAGUGGAGUUGUCGGUAUGGAACCUGAUGAUAUUGUUGAUUCAGCCUCCGAAUCCGCCCCAGCUCCCGCGAAUGAAGCUGUCGGUAUGGAACCUGAUAAUAUUGUUGGUAUGGAACCUGAUGAUAUUGUUGAUUCAGCCUCCGAAUCCGCCCCAGCUCCCGCGAAUGGAGUUGUCGGUAUGGAACCUGAUGAUAUUGUUGAUUCACCCUCCGAAUCCGCCCCAGCUCCCCCGAGUGGAGUUGUCGGUAUGGAACCUGAUGAUAUUGUUGAGUCAGCCUCCGAAUCCGCCCCAGCUCCCACGAGUGGAGUUCUCGGUAUCGAAGAUGAUAUCGUUGAUUCUUCCGCGGCUGCUGCUCCGACAAGUGAAGUGGUUGGUGUUGGUUUUGAAUUACAGGACUGGCCGAGGGAAUUCAAGAAAAAGAGAUCAUAUUCCGGAGCAGUGUAUUUUGAAAUUUAUCAAAAAAUUGAGGAAGCGCUGAUUUUACAGAUGGAUAAUCUGAGAUUAAUGCGUAACGUUAAUUCAGAUAUGGAUGCAUGUAGGAACACUAUUUUAACCAUUGAAAAGCUUUCGGGAGUGCGGGAAAUUCUCAAAGGUUGCGGAGAUGGUAAAACUACGAAAGCCGAACUUAAACUCAAAUUAUCAAGUUUGGAUAUUGGUGACAUGGAUAAAUUUUUACAAGAGGUUCUUGAUGAUAUAAGAAGUCGUCAAGAAACAUUGGCAUUACCGGAGAGGGAGAGUGUUGAUAAUUGCUCCGAUACGGAAUCGGAUCGGGGAAUUAGUGUUGCUAAUAGGAAAAGGAAAUAUUGUUACGGGGACGAGAUAAACAAGCCGGUAGUGAUGCAGACGACGAAGAAGAACAAGGUCGUCAAGCUAACGGAAGUGACGGGAUUGGUUGAGCCGAAGAGGAAUGUUUACCAAUGUAAGGAAUGCAAGCAGGAGUUCGAUAAUUUUCGAGCACUUGGCGGGCAUAUGGCUUCACAUAAUAGAAAGAUGAAGAGCGAUGAUGAUCUUAUGAAGAGUACUUAUGAAUGUCUAAUAUGCCAUCACGUUUUCAAUGAUUUUCGAGCUCUCGGUGGGCAUAUAGCUUCACAUAACAGAAAGGAGAGAGCUGAGAAAGCUGCUUUAGGAGGAGACAGCAGCUCGUUAAGUAUCGUAGCAGGAUCAUCGGUUGAUAAUUUAAUAGAAAAGAGUUACGAGUGUAAUAUUUGCUACAAGAAAUUUUCUACCGGGCAGGCACUUGGAGGUCAUAAAACCUAUCAUAGGAAAAUUGCUGACAGUUUGAAUCAAGCUCAGGCAAAUCCUGAAGAUCAACUCAGAUUGGAUCAAGUUCCGGCAAAUCCUGAAGGUCAAGUCAGAUUGAAUAAAGUUCAGGCAAAUCCUGAAACUCAAGCUAAAUCAAGUUGUACAAAAAUAACUCUUUUCGGAGUUGAUUUGAAUGCCUCCCCAUCUGUUGAAAGAUAGAUGCUAAAUUAUUUUAGAUAGUUUAAGACUAGACUUUAAAUCUUUUUUUUAACUGCGGCAGUUGGUUUAGCAGUUGUGAGUAGUUUGUAUGAUCUUCCAUAGUUCAAGA